CGGGGGAGGUGCAGGCUGCCGACUGAGGUGCAGCUCCAAUGGGACGGCCCCCAGCCCCGGACAAAUGUAGUGCCCAAUUUGAUGCUGCCCUAUGUGCCCAACUUGAUGCUGCCCUACAGCUUCUCCGGACUGAAGAGGGGAUGGCUGUGGUCACAGCUCCAAAGCAAGCCUGGCCCCUGUGGCCCCCUCUCCUUUUCCUACUCCUCCUGCCUGGAAUGAACAGUGGCAGCUGCCUGGCUGUGUGUGAUUGUACCUCUCAGCUCCAGGCAGUACUCUGUGCCCAUCAGCAACUGGAGGCUGUCCCUGGGGGACUCCCACUGGACACUGAGCUCCUGGACCUAAGUGGCAAUCGCCUGUGGGGGCUUCAGCAGGGAAGGCUCUCCCACCUGCGCCUGCUCCAAGAACUGGACCUCAGCUAUAACCGGCUUUCCACCCUUGAGCCCGGGGCCUUCCAUGGCCUACAAAGCCUGCUCACUCUGAGGCUGAAGAGCAAUCGACUGCGAGUAAUGGGGCCUGAGGUCUUCUCAGGCCUGUCUGCCCUCACACUGCUGGACCUCCGCUUCAACCAGAUUGUCCUCUUCCUUGAUGGAGCUUUUGGGAAGCUGGGCAGCCUCCAGCAGCUGGAGGUUGGGGACAAUCACCUGGUGUUUGUGGCCCCAGGGGCUUUUUCAGGGCUGGCCAAGUUGAGCAUCCUCACCCUAGAGCGCUGUAACCUCAGCACAGUACCUGGCCUGGCUCUGGCCCAUCUCCCAGCCCUAGUGGUCUUAAGGCUUCAGGAACUGGACAUUGGGAGGCUGCCUGCAGGGGUGCUCCGGGGCCUUGGGCAAUUAAAGGAGCUGGAAAUCCACCACUGGCCAUCUCUGGAGGCUCUGGAGUCUGGGAGCCUGGUUGGGCUCAAUCCCAGCAGCCUGGCCAUCCCCCACUGCAAUCUGAGCUCAGUGCCCUUCCAGGCUCUGCACCACCUGAGCUUCCUCAGGGUCCUGGAUCUAUCUCAGAACCCCAUCUCAGCCAUCCCACCACGAAGGCUCAGUUCCCUGGUGCAGCUCCAGGAGCUACGUCUGUCACGGGCAUGCCUCACCUCCAUUGCUGCCCAUGCCUUCCAUGGCUUGACUGCCUUCCACCUCUUGGAUGUGGCAGAUAACGCUCUUCAGACCUUGGAGGAAACAGCCUUCCCUUCUCCAGACAAACUGGUCACCCUGAGGCUGUCUGGCAACCCCCUAAUCUGUGACUGCCGCCUCCUCUGGCUGCUCUGGCUCCGCCGCCACCUAGACUUUGGCACAUCACCCCCUGCUUGCGCUGGCCCCCAGCAUGUUCAGGGGAAGAGCCUGAGGGAGUUCUCAGAUAUUCUACCCCCAGGGCAUUUCACUUGCCAACCAGCUCUGAUCCGAAGGUCUGGGCCCCGAUGGGUCACAGCAGAGGAGGGGGGGCAUGCUGUUUUCUCCUGUUCUGGAGAUGGAGACCCAACCCCCACCAUCUCCUGGAUGAGGCCUCAAGGGGCUUGGCUGGAAAGGGCUGGGAGAGUAAGGGUCCAUGGGGAUAGGACGCUGGAGAUCCGCUCAGUGCAGCUACGGUAUAGAGGGGCCUAUGUCUGUGUGGUCAGCAAUGUAGCUGGGAAUGACUCCCUGAGGACCUGGCUGGAAGUAAUCCAAACUGAGACAGCAAAUGGCACGCUCUCUGACGCCAACAUCACCAUGCCACGGAUCCCAGAGCCUUUCUUCAUGGAUAGCAGAGGCAUAGCUGUGGUGCUGGCAGUUGGCUUCCUCCCCUUCCUCACCUCAGUGACCCUCUGCUUUGGUCUCAUCGCCUCUGGAGCAAGAGCAAAGGCCAGGUCAAACAUCACAUAACCUUUGACUUUGUGGCACCUUGGCCAUCUGGGGAUAAGAACUCUGGGGGUAACCGGGUCACUGCCAAGCUCUUCUGACCUCUGCUUCCACACUGGGGACCUAGACAUGCCAGCUUCAGAUAUCAAAGGGGAAGAGAACCAAGACCACUUGGACUAAAAACCUAGUCCCAAGCUGCACAGACUUCUCACACAUUCCGCCCACACUGCGCCAACAGCUAAUGAAGCCUCCCAAUAGAGAGUCUGCCUCUUCAUGGUUUUGCAGUUUGAGGAUAAAAUUAUCAUCAAAAGAUAACCAUACCCUGAGAGUAUUAAGGAGCUGAAGAUGUAGACCUUGUAGUCAGCCCAGCAGCCCACACACACAGAGCAGGAAACAUAACCAAGACUUUAGUCUGUUAGUUCACACACACUUACACCCUUUCAUAACUUUUGCCAAUCACAGCUGUAAAAUUAUUUCAGAGGUGGGGCUGGGAAGUGCCACUUGCUUCUUGGAGUCUCUGCUACUCAACCAAGUGGUCUUCCUCUUCUUUUCUGCUCUGUCCCCUCCCCAGGUGCAAGGAACUAGGGCCAAGGGCCUCAGGCUAAGGAGAAGAGGAUAUGAAAGUGUGAUGGGGAGGACAGGCUACGCACUGACACUGUGUCUGCAUGAAUCUCCAACACCUGCCUCUGUAUGUCACAUUAAACCUGCUGCCAAAAGGCCAAGACAGUAGCAGCCAUGGCUAAAUGUGAUCUCUGGAGUUUUACUUGCUUUUUUCCACCCCUCAUUUCUGUCAAAUCUCCCCCUUCCUCCCUGCACAUUGAGCAUGUAUCCCAGUGACCUUACCUGAAUGUAACACAGCUUGACCAAUAGGCUUUAUGGAAAAGGAGACCAGGAGAUAAUCUGGAGAAAUCAGCACUUCAUUUCCCAGUUCAGUUUCAGCCCUUUCCCUUGUACACUCUGUCUCUGGAGCUGGAGAAAGAGAGAUCCUCUACCUUCCAGUGGAUCCCUCUGCAGAAAUUCCAACCUAGGACACCCAGCUCCUUCCCUUCUUUCUCUUCUUGUGCAGCUUCUCCAGAAUACCUUCUCUGCGAGAAGCCCUUUAAUGAAACAGUGCUGCCACCCCCUCAGCUUGUUCAGUCAUCCACAAGCCAGUCCCUUAUGGCACUUGCCUGGGAAGGCUGCCCUUAGCUCAGGUGCGAGUGUACAGGCUAUGUGUGUGUGUGCAUGUACCAGUGUGUAACUGCAACCAGGGACACGUGCAGGUGGUGUGUGAGCAUGUGUAACGCUGUUAUGGUCCACAUCAUGGAGGCAAUCCAAUGGAGUCUCUCCCCAGGGAGGGACAGUAGUGGAGAGAGAAGAAAAAUAACGGUUAUUGAGGGCCCAUUCUAUGUCAGUGGCUUUGUAUAUGCUUUCUUAUUUAAUCCUUAGAUCAACCCUGUAAGAUAGGGCAUCUUAACUGAUGGAACUAAAGGUCAAAGAGAUCAAGUAAUUCGUUCAAGUACACAGAGCAGUCAGUGGGAGAGCUGCUUUUGAACUUAGGGCUGUCUGGCUCAAAAUCCAAAUGCCUUCCACAUCCUGCCACACUGCUCUAGUCACUGCCUGCUCCUCUCCUAAGUCCCUUCCCCAGGACUCUCACAGAACCUGACCUGUGAGAAAGGAAACCUAGGGUCAGCUUCCACUUCGCCAACUCUGAACAACUCUUUUAGGGAGGCAGGGAUCAGUCAUUGGUUAACUUGAAGGCACCUGGUUCAGGAAGCUGAGGUAGGUUGGUUGGUUUUACUUUUUCUUCUCAGCCCCCUCUCCCAGUAUCCUUGCUGUCUCUGCCCCUGGGUCCAUCAGAAAGGGGCAGAUAUUACAGGGCUCAGCUGGACUGAAUUGAAAUGCCUGACUUCCAGCAAUAGAGCCUCUCAUGAUUAAAACUGGAGGGUUCAGAUUUCCUGGGUUCUUUUCUGGGUUCUAACCUCAAUGACCUCUUAGGUUACAGGAAUUUCUAGUAUGGUGGAACAAUCCAUGAGCUGUUCCAAUUCAAGGGGAAUUUUCCUGCCUUCUGCCUACCCCGGCAUGACAGAACCUACCUCAGGUUAUCCCAUUUUGACCUCCUUCUACCCCUUCUCUCCUCCAUUUCAGACAUGGUCUCACCUAGGCUGAGAAGUUUGGGCCCAAAGAUACUCUGACAGCAUUUUGGCACGCCCCAUUUUGGUCCCCACUAUAUUCUAAUUUCUCUAUUUCCUUUGCUGUGUUGGAUCCCUGAUUCAAGGGAUGAAUGCUCUGCAAGGCAAUGAUCCUCAACUUUUUGAGUCACAGGCCCCUCUGACAAUAUCUGUUCCCAGAUAUGAACAAAAAUGUUUAUACAUUGUCCAGUCAUCCUAAAGCUAUGGAAUGUAGGUUAAGAACCUCCGCUGUGAGAAGCAUCGGUUGGCAAGGGGAAAGAUGAGCAUUAGUCUCCCCAGGACCAAUUAGAGGCAAGAAGAGGCUGGGAAGGAUUACAGUGCAAGAUGUUAGCACAGGUAAGAGCUGGUGGCAGGACAAGCCCUGUGAAAAACACAAUAUUGCUUUGAGGUUCUCACUUCCCCAUCCCUUUUCCUCCAGCAUCCACAUCCCAGGGAGAGGCAGGAGACUUUGCAUGGGACUUUUGCUCUGAGAAGUGAGCAUGAUGGUGAUUCAGCUAGAGGGCAUUUGACACCAGGGACUCCUGAGUCCUCUUCCACCAAACUUCUUUGUAAGGGGAAUUAAGAAGGAAGACGUAGGGCUGUGUGGUGGUGGCCAGAGAAGCUGAGAAGAAUCCCUCUCCUAGGACACCUGCCCCAAUUCACCAAUCUAACCUAAAGAUUUAACAGUAGCACCAGCAUUAAAGCUGAUACUGAGGCCUAUACUCCCAGUUGCUGGUUUCUGGUGAAAAGCCCUGAGUAAUCGGGGGGAGAAGGGUAACUCCUAUAAUAGGCAAAGGGAGAUAUGAGGGCUGGUUCCCAAAAACUCCGAUGGCUGAAUAUAGUUUGAAUAGACUGCAUGUUGUCCAGAAAGGGAACUCUGAGCAGCCAAGGCCUUGGAACCAGACUACUGUGUUUGAACCCUGGACUGCCCAGCCCUCCAGUGAAAGUCUACUUUCCUGUUUUUUUUUUUAAGGUAUCAUGAAGGUUUCACAAGAAAAACAAUGUGGUUACUACAUUCACCCAUAUUAUCGAGUCCUCCCCCAUACUCCAUUGCAGUCACUGUCCUUCAGUGUAGUAAGGUUUUCCUGCUUUUUUUAUUGAGUGGGAACACCGAUCACAGAGCUCUCUGGGCAGCUGAGGCCUUACGUUAACUAGUUUCACCUACUCCCAGAAC